GGUUUGUAUGAGUUAGUAAUGUUAUGAGACAUUUGACAGCACUUUCCCAGUGAGCGAGCUAACUAAACUUAACUCUAGUGACAACAUGACUCAGCCUGAAAUAUUCCGUGUUAGCCGCGCGGCUAAGUAGAAACUAGACACAAUAGUAUGUUUGAAAGCUUUGACUGCUUACAUUUUGUUAUGUACGGGCUCGGUAACUUCUAAUAGACUUCUUAUAAGUACUCACGAGGGCAAAGUUAGAUAAGCUAACGUACAUUGUGUUAGUCUUUUGUUGUCAUGGUCUGAAGCGUGUUCCUUUCAGUGUUGUUCACAGAAUGGCACAAGGUGUCAAAAGUUACCUCAGUUUUCUGACUACGUACUUCUUGAGUCGUGACAAUAUGGGUAGCUGUCUGCUUUAUGUUUUAUAUUUUAGCGCCAGAAAUCAAUAUACUGUCAUUUCGAAAGUCUUUCCAUAGAGUGUUAGCCAGAAUGCUUUAGUUAAGCCUAGCAUUUCUUUUCAUUUCGUCAGAAAUUCUGGACUCAUUAGGAGAGCAUCAGUGACUAGAUGAAGGAGCCGGGCCGGAUCCAGAAGCAGUGGAGAACUCAACAUGAAGUUGUAUGUGUUCCAGGUCAACAAUGGAAGCACACUGACAUUUGAUACCGAACUCGCAGUCCAAACGGUUUUGGACCUUAAACAUGCCAUCCAAACCAAGUACAAGAUUGCCACUCAGCACCAAGUGCUGGUGGUUAAUGGUGGAGAGUGCAUGGUGGCAGAAAGGAGAGUCUGCAGUUACAGCGCAGGCACGGACACCAAUCCCAUCUUUUUGUUCAACAAAGAGAUGAUUUUGUGUGACCGUGCACCAACAAUCCCCAAAACCACCUUCUCUAUUGAGAAUGAGAUGGAACUGAAGGUGGAGGAGUCUCUCAUGAUGCCUGCUGUGUUUCACACCGUUGCCUCACGGACACAACUUGCUGUGGAAAUGUUUGAAGUUGCCAAGAAGCUCUGUUCAUUCUGUGAACGCCUGGUCCAUGACGAACACCUUCAGCAUCAGGGUUGGGCCGCCAUCAUGGCCAACUUGGACGACUGUACAUUGUCCUAUCAAAAACUGCUCUGGAAAUUUGAUAUGGCGUACACGAAUUAUCAACAGAAUUUUGAAGAUAUUAAACUAAAACUCACCAAGCUUGGAACAGCUGUUUCUGUCAUGGCUAAGAUCCCCUUGCUCGAGUGCCUGACCCGCCACAGUUACAGAGAGAGUCUGGAGAAGUCCAGCUCUCCACGCCCCAGAACAGAGGAGGAAGAGGAUGCGGACAACGAUGAAGUUGGAGGCGAAAUGUCCACCCAGUCUGCCAUCUUGUGCCACCCAGAUGGUCAGCGCAACCCCAAAUCGCCCACUUUGGUGUCUGCUUCGGGAGAGGCGGCGGCACAGGCUUUGCCACCAUCCUCCCAGGAUAGGCUGGAGGGUAGUCGUGGCCUGCAGGAGGCGCUAGAGGAGGAACAGGAGCAGGAGGCUAUGGAGAGAGGAGCUACUCCCUCCUUUAAUGUCACACUGCUGGACUGGAUUAAUGUGCAGGACCGGCCCAACGAUGUGGAGGCUGUAGUUAGAAAGUGCUUUGACUCCAUCAACCGACUUGAUCCACGCAUUAUUCAGCCAUUUCUAGCUGACUGCCGGGACACUAUUACAAAACUGGAUAAUCAAAACAUGAAGGCCAUCAAGGGGCUUGAAGAUCGAUUGUAUGCACUUGACCAAAUGAUAGCCAGCUGCAAAAAGCUGGUCAACGAACAGAAGGAACUUGCUCAGGGAUUUCUGGCCAAUCAGAAGAGGGCUGAAAACCUGAAAGACACUUCGGUGCUGCCGGACCUGUGUCUGAGUCACGCCAACCAGCUGAUGAUCAUGCUGACCAAUCACAGGAAGCUGUUGGACAUCAAACAGAAGUGCACCACUGCCAAACAGGAACUGGCCAACAACCUGCAAGUCCGUCUCAAAUGGUGCUGUUACGUGAUGCUCCACGCUGACCAGGAUGGGGAGAAGCUGCAGGCCCUCCUCAGGCUGUUGACUGAGCUACUUGAGCGAGUACGCGUGGUAGAGGCCCUCAGCACUGUCCCACAGAUGUACUGUCUGGCCGUGGUGGAGGUGGUCCGCAGGAAAAUGUUUGUCAAACACUACAGAGAGUGGGCCAAUGCCCUAGUUAAAGAUGGGAAAAACCUCUAUGAAGCUGAAAAGGCCAAAAGGGAAACAUUUGGCAAGUUAUUCAGAAAGUCAUUCCUCAGAAAUCGCUUGUUUCGAGGACUUGACUCGUGGCCUCCUUUGUCAUUUUGUACUAGAAAGCCUCGCAGGUUUGACUUUGAGCUUCCAGACAUCUCCCUAACUGACCUGCAGUAUCUGAAGAGCUGCUGUCCUGCUGAAGUUCAGCCUUUUCUCAGGGUUCCAUCACUGUGUGACUUUGAACCUCUAAACCACCAUGUGGAGGCCCUUCACCAGCUAGUGCAAGCAGCUCAGAGUGUCGAUGAGAUGUCUCAAACCAUCACAGACCUUCUGAGUGAACUAAAGGUUUCUGGGAGCCAAAGUGCUCAGAGACCCAUAGCAUUAACCCCCAGGUCGGAAAGCAGAACAGAGACCACGCCUACCUCCCCUAAAGUACCAUCCUCCCUCACUUUGCAGUCUCCACCCUGUCAGCCACUUCCCCUUCCAGCCCCUUUAGAGGAUCUAUCACCUGACAGCAUAGAUGCCCACACAUUUGACUUUGAAACCAUAGGACACCCCAACAUGGAUCCUGUACUCCAGCAAGGUUCGUUGGACCUAGACUCCCUGGCGGAGAGCCCAGAGUCAGACUUCAUGUCUGCGGUCAAUGAGUUUGUUAUUGAAGAGAAUGUAAUGUCGCCCAAUCCCAUCAGUGACCCUACAAGCCCUGAGAUGAUGGUGGAGUCUCUUUACUCCUCAGUCAUUAAUGCUAUAGAUAGCAAACGCAUCCAAGACACCACCACACUGGAGAGAGAGAACUCCAGAAUCACUGUCCUCAAGCUGACUGUGGACAGGUACCGUUCAGCUGCUGAGGAGUCGCAGAGUAACUUCAGGAAAAUUAAGGAUGACUUGUCCCACUUCCGUGGUCUUGUUUUAAAAGAGCAACGAGAUUUUGGCUUUGCCUUGAAAAAGAUGAGCUCUGACAUGCACAGCAUAGUCAACAGCAUUAAAUACUGUCAUGAAGAGGAACUGAAAGAGAUGCACCAGAAUGAGCUAGAGAAUCUAAGAGCAGACCACAAAAAGCAGAUCCUUGAUCUCAACCAGGAGCUGGAAGAGAACCGCAACAUUGUGAGGGAUGUUCAGCGGGCCAUGCUUGAGUUGGAAGGGCUUGUGGAGCGUAAGGAGAAAGAACUGGCUCAGCUGGAGGGUGAGAGGGAGCGCUCAUUGGAGGAGUUACGGAGCAGCCACCAGCAGGCUGUGCAGAAGCUGGAGAAGAAGGUCUCGGAGCAGAACGAGGUGCUCCGGGAUGCGCUGCUGUCCAAAGAUGCUCUUGCCAGCCAGCUGGAGAGCCUGCACGUCGAGAUAGAAUGUAGCCAGAAGAAAAUACGGCAGGAGAUGGAGAAUUCCGAGAAGAACCGUCUCCAAGAGCUUGAGGCCCGACUGAGUCAGGAACACCAAGCCCUGCUGGAAACCCUGAAACAGGACAACCAGAAUGCCCUGGACGCCCUGGUUCAGGAGAACCAAGCCAAACUGAAGGAACUGACAGAGUCGUACUCUGUAGAGCGAAAGGAGUGUGAGGGCCGCUUUAAAGACUAUGAGGCCCGCAUAGCUGAACUUGCUGACGCUCGCUGCAAGCUAGAGGUGGAGAUGGCCCUGAAAGAGGCUGAGACUGAAGAGCUGCGGCUGCAGGAUGAGGAGGCCAGGGCCCAGCGGGAGGAGGUGCUGAAAGCUGAGAUGAUGUCGCAGACAUCAUCCCUGCAGAAACAGGUGAACACAUUGAUGCAGCAGUUGCAAAAGAAGAAUGAGGAGUAUGAGCUGGGCCUUGCUGAACUGCGAGCGCUCAUGCGGCUGGAAAAGGACCACUGCAUCUCAGAGCUGGUGGACCGGCAUGAGGAGGAGAGCACACUGCUCCGUCAUGAGUUCUCGGUGCUCAAGCAGAAGUCACAGGACGCCGAGAAGGACCUUGAGGAGCGGCUGUUGAAGAUCCAGCAUGAGCAGGAUGUCCAGCUUGCUGCUUUGCAGAAGGAACAUGAGGAGGAGCAGAGGGCUUUCCAGGAGAAAGAGCAGGACUUGCAGACCACCAUUAGUGACUUGCAGGCAGAGAAUGCACUUUUGUCAGGAAGAUUGGAGCAUGAGAGGCAGGAGGCCCAGAGGAAAGUGGAGGAGGAGAAGGAGGCUGCUAAAGAGACAUUAAACCAUGCCUUAAAGGACUUUGAACUCCAGAAAGAGGAGCUUGAGGCAAGACUCUUAGGAAAAAUUAAAUUACUUGAAAAUCAGCUUGAAGAAAGACAAUCCACUGAAAAAGUGGUAACAGCAGGUGGGCAGGGUGAGGUGAUGCUGGAAGCAGAUCUGGACAACACCUUGCAGCAGAGACUGGAGGAAGAGAGAGCUUCACUCUUGGCCAAGCUGGAGCUGUUGGAGAAGAAGAAGAAUGAGGAGCUGCAGAACUUAAAAACGUCCCUAAUAGCUGAGCAGCAGACAAAUUUCAACACUGUACUCACACGUGAAAAGCUGAAAAAGGAGCAGAUCAUUAACGAACUGAGUGAGAAGCUAAAGGAAGUGACGUUACAGCAGGAGAAGGACAAAAGUUUGAUCGAGACUCUCUCUGAGGACCGUGCCUCCAUCCUCCAAGAGAAAAAACAGCUAGAGGAGGAGCUCAACCGCCUCCGAUGCACCGCCCUUGUCUCCUCCACCUUUGUUGUGCCCAGCCCUGUCCCUGCUGUUGCAGAGGUUCCUGGUGCCUGCGGUCCCUCUCCUGUAGAAGCCCCCGCUCUGCCUGCGCUGGAUUCUGAAAGACUGGUAUCAGUGGCUACGCUCCGAGAUGAUGACAGAGUCGACUCUGCUGUAGAGGCCAGCAUGAUGACCGUGCAUGACAACACAUUGAUGCUGUCAGAAGAGAAGCAGCGGAUACUAAUACUGGAAAGGACAUUGCACAUGAAGGAAGAGGAAAACAAGAGGCUCAGCCAAAGACUAAUGUCACAGAGUAUGUCCUCUGUGUCCUCGAGACAUUCAGAGAAAAUUGCUAUUCGAGAUUUUCAGGUUGGCGAUUUGGUCCUCAUAAUUCUAGAUGAGAGGCAUGAUAAUUAUGUACUCUUCACGGUCGGACCCACCCUCUACUUCCUGCACUCGGAGUCGCUCACUGCUCUGGACCUCAAGCCAGUAACAGGGGCUACGAGGCGGCCGUGGGUUUUGGGGAAGGUCAUGGAGAAGGAAUAUUGCCAGGCAAAAAAGGCCCAAAACCGGUUCAAAGUUCCUCUGGGCACCAAAUUCUACCGAGUAAAAGCCGUGCCAUGGAAUAAGAAAGUGUAAAAUUGUAAUAUCACUAUGUAACAAGCUAGAAUGUUUAUAUUGCUUUUUGCAGAGAUCUCACAUGAUUCAUUUUCUUAUCAUUGAACGAACAGAAGACAAACUUAUCAUUUUUCCCUUUUUCUUUUUCUUUUUUUCCUUUUUUUUGGCUCUCUUUGCAACCCAUGUUUUCCUCUCUUUAUUCAGAGGGUUUGUAAAUGUGGACCAAAUGAUAUUACUUUAUUGGGGCAUGCCCUGCACAUAUUGGCUCCCAAGCCAUUGUAACAAGUCUGUAAAAUGAACAAAAAGGUUUUUGGAUGUUAUAUAUUAGUUCAUCAUUGUUAUUGACAUUUUGUCCAGUUUGUGGGGGAAAAACACAAUGCAUCAUUAUCAAAUUACUUACUUCACAAGGGUCUAAAAACUAUACAUACAUUUAUUGUAAAUGUUUAUGGGGGAACGUUCAUGGCAUGCAUAUAGCUAUAUUUUCUUUAACUCUCUGGAUGUGUGUUGUAGUUGGAUAUGUAGGUUUAAAAAAUGCCAGUUGUCACACAACAACGCAAUAUGGCCCUCCUGUCGUUAAUAAAAUGUACAUUUGGACAGCACGGAUGAUUCUGGGCCUGGCGAUCUUUAAAAUGCACUUUCACAGACGCAUUGCUUUCGUUGAUCCAAAAGGGAAGCGGUGGUGCUGCUGGAAAACGAGCAGGAAAUGAAAAGUAAGAAGCAGCACAUAUCUUCCCACUAUUACUGAACGUUGACAUGUAGAAAGAAAUACUUCCUGUUUGUUGAUGUGUGUCCUUAUUGUAUUAAAUCAUGACAUUGUAUAUUAUUCAUUACAUCACGCAAGUAACAAAAAUGACUGUAUUGUUAAAGAGUUUAGAGUUUUCAAACAAUAAAGGUUUGAUCCCACAUGUCUCUGGGUGAA